ACACAGAAGUGGUGUGGACUGGACGAGACCACAAUCAGCUGUGAAAACAGCCUACACCCAGCCCUACACAAACGAAAUCUUUCUUAUCAAAAAUAACUAGCUCGUCCUCUUUCUUCAGCUAGUGAGAAGAUGGACAAUAGUUCGCGGACUGUUGUUGUAACAGGGUUUGGGCCAUUUGGAGAGCACUCAAUCAAUGCCAGUUGGGUAGCAGUUCAGGAACUGAAGAAGCUGGGCUUGGGCAAUGACAUACUGCAUGUAUGUGAAGUACCUGUGGAGUAUCAGACCGUUCAGAGUUUGGUACCUUCGCUAUGGAAAAAGUAUCAUCCACAAUUAAUUGUUCAUGUCGGAGUGUCCGCAAUGGCAACGACAGUUACGCUGGAGAAGUGCGGUCGUAACCAUGGCUACAAAGGUUUGGACAACAGCAGCUUCUGUCCAGAUUCACAGUGUUGUGUUGUGGGAGGUCCUGAUUGCAUUGACUCUGUUAUUGACAUGGAAUCUGUCUGCAAGAGAGUGGCAGCCACAGGCUUAGGGGUGGCCGUGUCCGUCUCCAAAGAUGCUGGAAGAUACCUUUGUGACUUCACCUACUACACUUCUUUAUACCUGAGCCGUGGACGAUCUGCGUUCAUCCAUGUCCCCCCCAUAGGGAAUCCCUACAGUGGGGAAGUCCUGGGCCGGGCCCUGCAAGCUAUUGUUCAAGAAAUGCUGGACCUGCUGGACCAAGCUGAUGGGAAGAUCCACUGCCAGCAUGUACAUUAAGUGACCCACUCAAGCCCUCCAAGCCUCUACCCCACUAACAUACAAGACUAAUUGCACUUACCCACAAGAAGCCAAACUAUGUUUUUCUUUAUUGUAUCCUUGUCAGUAAUUUCCACAAGUGCUUGACUCUGUACGGUUUUGUUCAGUGUUUUUCACACAGCGGCUAAUGAUUGGGAAGAGUCAAACUAAUUGGGAUGAGUGUAGUUGCAUGCUCAGUUUAGACUUACAUCCCAUCUUAUCUAGAUUUGAGAAAUUGUUCUGAAACACUGCCCUUUUACCUUUGUGUACUAGCAUGUUUCAUUUGAAUUACAGGAAACCCUGUAUACAUGCGUUUUCUUUAGUUAUUUGACCACUGUUAAUGCUCAGCUUCUUCUUUAAUCAGAUUCAUCCAUUAACUCUCAUACAUAUACAAACUUACUGAUGUAGUCUCUAAUGUAACUUUUAUUGUAAUAUUCUAGUUUUAGGAUUACAGCAAUACUUAUGUUUUUAUACUCUAUUCUCUUAUAGAGGUAUCAUUUGAAAAUGAAUUUGCCCCCCAGGUUGUUUUUAAUACCUCCUUUCUGAUAAAAUACGUCUUCUUUAAUGUCAAAUGAGAUGGGCAGUACUUGGGUAUUCAUAUUUCUCUAUUGUUUCACUUUGUCUUGAUUCAAACUAUCAUGGCUCAUUGAAUCCCAUGUAUUUCAGAUAUUUUGUCACACAUUACAUUGAACAUAUUGAACUUGUGAGACACAUUCAAGUAGCACAAGAAGUAGCACAGUAAGAAUCACAGAGAUGAUUUGUUUAGUUUUUACUGUAUAUUGAAGUGAUUAAAUGGUGCUGUCUUGAGGCAUUGAGGCCUAGAUGUUUUAUAAAAUAUUUGAUCUUUGAGCUGCAAAUUGCGUAAACCAUUGGCAUAGUUUCUUCUCAACAUUGUUACAGUUGCUGUUCUUAUAUAUAUUUUUUAAGUACUUUGCAAAAUCUUGCAGUUUUAUAUUGGUGACUUGUUUCUGAGUCGUUUUUCUUUAUAAGAAGUUCCUUUACUAAGGUUAUUUAUAUCAGGGAACGGGUUGGUUCUUAGUCAUAUUGUCAAAUCCUUUUGCCCAAUUCUGACUAGAUAUAACACACCCAGACGUCUGCACCUGUGAGAUUAUAUUUGAAAAUAUAUACUGUAUUAUGGUUUAUAAAUAAAUAGCUUUGAUUUGCCCACUUUACCGAAUCAGACAAUUGCAGUUACGAAUCCUAAAUACUUAAUUUCAUCAUGUUUGGAAGUUAAGAAUUAGGACUUGGACACUGUGAGGCACUUUCGAUUUUACGAACUGUUCUGUAGUUUUUAUUGUUGUUCGGAUCUCUCUUUGACUAGCACAUGGCUGAAAAGCUUAAUUAUUUGAAUCCACAGAUUAUUGUUUCACGUCUUUGAGUUUGAAUUGAUUCCUUCUUACCAUCUCUGAAAAUAAGUGAUGAGAUGACAGGAUUGAGAACAGAUGAACAUGAUUUCACCUAUUUACUCGUGUCAAAUCAUAAUCAAAGGUGGAAAGAAGGAUACAUUUCAAGUGUUGAAAAGGCACCUCUGUCAAAAGCUACAGUAAGUGGUAGAUAACAGCAUCAAUCAGUGAAUCUAUGACCUUAUUUGUUUAGAAAAGCUUGACUAAACUGCAUAUCCCUAUAAAGAACUAACUGUGCAUCCAAAUUCUUAUUGCCGAUUCUGAGCAUUGUAGUAUACGUUUGUGUUUGUAGUUGCUGUAUUGUUUUAAAACUUAACUCCAAUUGCCUACCUGGAUCAAAUUACUCACUGUUCAUGUUUUGUUUAUACUGUUGAAUGAAAUAGGGAGAUAUUGAGAUUCUGAUUUUGUUAGGAAAAUUGUACAUGGUCAUCAGGGAAUGUCAUUCAAGGAAAGCUUGCAGGUUUUUUUUUGCUGAAUAUAUGGCAUGAUCUUAAACUGACCUUACUCUCAACUAACAGACAUAAAAGCCUUAACCCUUGAUGUUUCUUCAGUGUAUGUUUUCAUUUACACUUGACAUCUGACCUGUGCCUUGACCUUGUUGAAAUAUGUUGUUAUUGCAAAGGCCACACAGUUACCAAAAGGUCCGUUUUUUAAUAAAAGAGAGGCUACAAACAUCAGGCCAAAAUGUGUACCACCA